AUGCUCAAGUUUGUGGUGGCUUCCUCCGUGCUGGCUGGAGCUGGAUUGCUCCUCCACGCGUCGCCGCCACUCAAAUCACCAUAUAGCUCAAGCACAGGUGGAGCGCCUUUACCUUCUUCUUCUUCGUUUUCCAGGGGUCGCUACUACCGACCAUUCUUUGCAAGGCCUGCUUUUGCCGAGGAGCUCAAGUCUUCCUCGUCUUACCCAAGAUCGGCUACCGUUGUCUCUUCUCGGCCUCGGAGUCAGGGAAAAGAAGAUUGCCUUUGUUGCUGUGAAAGCCUAUGCAGUGGGAUUUUAUGCGAACAAGGAACAGCUCCCAAACGACUGGGACAAGAACUUUUUGGUCGAAGGUUGGCCUUUUAUUCUUUUGUUUGUCCAUGGAAAGCGCACACUCAAACUUUUGCAGGAGCAUUUGAGAAGGGCCUGGUGGUCAAGCUUGCGCGUGACGUCAGUGGUGCACUUUUCUCGUCAGCCUUGAAUGACGAACUCAAGCCUCGGCUAAAAUCAUCACCCGAGGGCGAGAAAAUCCUUUCCGAAUUUGGGAAGCUCUUCCAGAACCGGAAGCUGAAAAAAGGUACAACAGUCUACUUCACUUGGAUCCAACCUGAUACUCUCUACGUUGGAGUAUCAGAUGGCGAAACUCCUGCGACUCCAAACUCUACGUUUGUCUCUGGAUUCUUUGCAUCAAGACUCUUCGAUGUUUACUUGGGAGAGAAAUCGGUCUCACCGUCACUCAAGGCUUCCAUAGCUGAUCAUCUUCAUGUAUGAGAGACAAUACCAAUUGGAGCUUCAGCGAACGGUGAUGGGAGCUUGAACAGCAGUGAAAGACACAAGUGUAUAAUCCACUCUGUGGAAAGCUGAAAGUUUCUUGUUUAGGUACCUUUGUACGUUCUAGACUCCAGUUCACUGACCACGAGAGUGUUCGCUUAGGAUGUGAUCCCUAAGUUUGACACUAACGGCCUUUUGGAUACUGGAUUCACUAGAGCUUGAGAAAGAGCCCUCUUCAACAAUAUUGGUGGAGUAGCUGUCAAGACUUUUAAGAGAUAUAAGUCCCAAGAGCU